AUGGUGGAGGAUGAUGAGAAUGUGGAAGCAGCAUCUGGUGGUGAGGUGAUGGAGGUAGGAAGGGAUGGAGGAGGUAGAUCUUGUUCUCGUGACUGCCUGUUGACUCCGCUGUACUGGUUCAAAAUGCUCGCUAAGGAGACCCACUGGAGCUUCGUCUAUGGUGUCCUGGUCGUUUAUGGAAUCAGCCAGGGUUUCGGAGGUGCUUUCUCUAAGGUGGGCACUGAGUACUACAUGAAGGAUGUUCAAAAGGUGCAGCCAUCUGAGUCCCAGAUCUACCAAGGACUCAUCUCGAUCCCUUGGCUUGUCAAGCCUAUUUGGGGCCUCCUCACUGACGUCAUCCCCAUCUUAGGCUUUCGUAGACGCCCUUACUUCAUUCUGGCAGGAUUGCUUGGUGUGGCUUCAAUGCUUCUAUUGUCAUUGGGUGGGAAGAUGCACCUGUUUUUAGCUGUUCUGCUUUUGAUUAGUGGAAGUGCUGGUGUGGCAAUAGCAGAUGUAACAGUAGAUGCCUGUGUGGCACAGAACAGCAAUGUCCAUCAUUCCCUUGCUGCUGAUAUGCAAAGUUUGUGUGCUUUAAGCUCAUCCGUCGGGGCUUUGAUUGGAUUUGGUUUCAGUGGGAUAUUCGUUGAUCUCCUUGGCCCUAAGGGGGUGUUUGGUUUGCUUGCAAUCCCAGCCGCACUUGUAUUGUCAGUAGGAGUUUUGCUGGAAGAGCCUUUGAUGCCUAAUUUCAGUUACAAACAGGUAAGCCAUAGGUUCGUCGAAGCUGGGAAGGCCAUGUGGAUAACAUUGAACUAUCCAGAAGUGUGGAGACCAUGCCUCUACAUGUACUUAUCUCUCACUUUGAGUGUCAACAUUGAUGAAGGCUUGUUCUAUUGGUAUACCGACUCGAAGGGCGGUCCCUCUUUUUCCCAGGAAACUGUUGGUUUCAUAUUCUCAAUUGGGUCAAUUGGAUCCUUAUUGGGGGCACUACUAUACCAAAAUGUACUGAAAGACCAUCCUUUCCGAAACUUGCUUUUCUGGACCCAACUGUUGUCUGGUCUGGCUGGGAUGCUGGAUUUGAUUCUGGUGCUGAGAUUGAACUUGAGAUUUGGGAUGCCUGACUACUUCUUCGCUGUGAUCGACAACAGUGUGACUCAGUUGAUUGGGAGGCUGAAAUGGAUGCCACUUCUUGUGCUGAGCUCCAAGCUUUGCCCUCCUGGGAUUGAAGGCACUUUCUUUGCUCUCCUCAUGUCCAUUGAUAAUCUCGGCACUCUCUCGUCUUCCUGGGGAGGAGGAGUCCUCUUGCACAUAAUGAACGUAACCCGAACCAAGUUUGACAGUCUAUGGCUGGUCAUCUUGUUGCGGAACGUGUUGAGAAUCACCCCACUUUUGUUGCUGUUCUUGAUUCCUGCUGGUGAUCCAAAUGCUUCCAUACUUCCAAGUGAGGCACUGGCUGAAGAAAAAGAAACUGGGACUCCAGCAGAUGGAGACUUGGAGUUGGUGUCCCUGGUAGGUUUUCAGAUGAUCGAUGCAUUUGCUGAGUCGCAAGAACUUCCAAUGAACACAGUGCAAUGCAAAGCUUUGUUUGGAGAAGGUUAUGUUGGGGAUGCACCUGUUCUCCUUGCAAAGCCUCAAACUUAUAUGAACCUGAGUGGUGAAUCGGUUGGACCUCUUGCAGCUUAUUACAAACUGCCUCUUAACAAAGUUGUCGUGGUAUAUGAUGACAUGGACUUGCCUUGUGGAGUGCUUCGACUUCAACCAAAGGGAGGUCAUUUUAGCCACAACGGUUUGAAGAGUGUGAUUUAUCAUUUUCGAGGGAACAGAGAAUUUGCUCGGCUCAGAAUUGGAAUUGGAAGGCCCCCUGGCCAAAUGGACCCAAAGGCUUUCUUGCUACAGAGGUUCAAUGCCACAGCUCAAGGGCGAAUCGAUGCAGCUUUGCCGGAAGGAGUUGCUGCAUUGAAGUCCAUCUUAUCAAAAGGUUUAACAGAGACUGCAAGAUGGUUCAACCAGCAACAAAAGUACAAGCACAUUAGAGUGCAAACCCUCCCAACAUGA